GAACGAGCCUAUUCAAAUAAUACCCACCGUAUCCGUUUACAACUUUACGUUACGCUUUUAUUUUGGAGGGAAAUCAAAAGUUCGAGCCGGAAGCUGUAAUGUUUUGGUUGCACCUUAUUGGCUACCGGAGUCGUCGGUAUCCGGAAACAAAUCGGUGUGAAAAUGCGUUCAUUUUUACCUGCUGUGGCCGAACAGCUUUUCCGAGAUAUUCAACAAACACACCAGGAAACGUCCCAAAUUCCUGAUGACCUGCUCAUUGCGCUGAAGUUUGUCUUCGGGCCUUGUGCGCUGCAGGCUUUGGACCUUGUUGACCAGCAUUCAGUCACCUGUCUGUCUUCACCCAGUGGACGCAAAGCAUUCCAGGUAAUCGGAGGCUCGGGGCGUUUGUACACUUGCUUUGUAUCCUGUCACUACUGCCCGUGUCCGGCCUUCGCCUACACCGUGCUCCGCAGAAAUGAGGGCCUGCUGUGCAAACACAUCCUGGCCGUGUACCUGUGCCAGGCCACGGGUUGGACUCGGCAGGAGAGCGUGUCCGAUCAGCAGAUGUCCGCGCUGCUUGGCGGGACGGCAGCCCCGUGAGGUCCGUUCAGUGCAGCAGGAGGACCGGCGCGUCGUCGUGGGCCCUGUUGGAUGAGAGAGAGACGAUGGUUUUUGGACACUUUGGGUCACCGCGGAGAGGAUCGGAGCACGGGAACUCUACCACGGUUUCUGCUCUUUCAUUCGUCUCGCUGAAAGACACCAGAUGUUGCUUUAUUUAUUUUUUAUUUUGGAAGGGUUCUUAAUCUGUUUCCAGGGAAACCACACAGCUGCUCAUUGAGUAUGUGCGGCUUUAUUUUUAGGUUCCUUUUUAUCUGGAGCUGCAUCAAUUAGGGAAGUAGUGCAUGUCUGCAUGUUUCCUUUGUGGCGAUUGUAGAAAUAAAUAGUCAUGAAAUUGAAAUGAAGGAAUACAGACUGAUCUGUAACAAUAUAAAUAUUGCCUUUAUCAACAAAAUAAUCCACCAUACAUACAGGUUGCAUCAUGUUAAAUAGCAGUAUCCGUUCGCAGUUGCAGUUGUGUUGAAAGAAAGAAAGAAUGGCCUCUCAGUUUGAACAUCAGCGUGACCACAGUGGAUGUUUCUCCUGAUUAGUACAACAACACUAUAGCAUACUGACAGACUGAUAGGUACUUCGGAAUGAAAGGCAGGAAUGUUGAAACGAGAUCAACUUAUCGUCCAUCUUACCUUUUUUAAAAUCACAAAAGAAGGCAAUUGUUUGACAUCGAUCAAUAGCUUGUAGAAAGUUGGACACCUACAGUACUUAUUUUUUACACGUCAAUCAACAAAGACAAUGACACAACAGUACAGUGCAGUUACAGUGUAGAUGUCUCCAUUGGAAUGUACUAAAACUUUGGCACACUCCCGUAUUUAGCCCUUGGAGUUAGUUAGAGGUGGUAUACUGGACAUGACGGGCGAUAGUGAAGCAGUGGUGCUCGACACUUCUUAAAACACCAACAUGACAUGGUUCACCACCAACAAUAAAGCACACCAAACAGGAAAUAAUCGAAAAUGUCAGUGCAAUGUGUUUUCAUUUGUGUAGUGAUGGCUCUGAGGUGACCCUCAUUUUUUUUUUUUUUUUCACAAGUAAUACUCCAAACAACACUGUGCUUUGCUCUGAUUUAAUUCAAUUUGUUUUUGUCACCUUACGCCAAUUUCUUCAGUUUUAUAAGCUCAACAGGACCAUUCACAAUACUGCCGACCGCUGCGAAAUCAAGAGACGAGACGACGCACUUUAAGGUGCUUUAACAUUAGACACGGUGGAAAGCAGUGCUGCAGCUGUAUUGCCUCAAACUAUGAUGCUGCGUACGAGCACCGUCGAGUGCAAAGAAGUAAGAAUUUGCUUCUCAGAAAACAUUUCAUUAUUGUUACCUACUUCAAAAUGACAUACUAUUUUUUGGGGGUUCAGCUGGACUGGUCGCCUAUCUUUGCGAGCGCUGUUAGUAGCGCUAAAGAGUAAAGCGAAUUGAGUCCUCAGUGCAACAUAUUUUAGAGGUUUCACCCUUUAAACAGGAAUGUUUUCUCAAAUGAAACUGAUCAUCUGAGUUCAGUCAGUGACUUCAGCAGCUUUUUGGAGGUCUGACUGUAUGAGAGCCUCAGGAUCCCAGCUAAGUCUGAGGGAACGGGGGGGGGGGGGGUCAAUGUCAAUGGUGCUUUAUGCGAUGUAUGCCACGAGAUGCAUGUGGGCCAGAAGCUUGGAUGAUGGGGAAAAAAAAAAUGUAUCAAAUGUGACAUGUGAUUGCUCAAAGCUAAAUGUCUCUGUGCAGAUGCCAUCUUUUUUUUUUUUUAUAAAGGGUACAAUCAUUUUCCCACUUCCUGAGCUUUUGUCUGAAGAAACGUCAACAUGGAAAUUAUAUGGAGCACCGCCGCCGCAGGUGUGUUUUGCUAAACUACUUCUUAUGUCUGGGUCUGCUAGACUGAACCAGAUCUUGCUGUUUAUUUAGUCGCCACAACAAUGCUUUUAGCCACAGGGGUCAUUUUGGGAUGGGAGAUGAUUCAUGGGAUCAAGCAUUUCUGUUUUGUCAAGCAAAAGCACUCCCCCCCUUUACUUCUAAUUAAGUAUGUAUGAGGGUCCUUGUCGUUUGUGAUCCCUCUGUUGAAGAGCGUGUCCCUCCGCCUGUACAAACAUUACGUUGUGGAGGAUUUACUAGUGCAGCAGCAGGACAACACUGGCAUAGUUGAAGCAACAGCUGAAGAACAUCUCUGCUAUAAUAAAAGUAUUGAUACAGAAAAUCUUUUUGUAGAAUGAUGCAGUAUGAAUUCAUGAAAGGGCCACGAGCCAAAAACAACCACAGAUGUAGAUUACUACCAUUGUGCCUCUCCAGGUCCACAAGCACAGUUCUAGCCACAUGAUGUUUUUUGAUCUUUAAAUAAAUUAAUAAACACUGACAGUAUAAAAUAGCAAGGCAAAGGGAGUGUUUGGAGUUGAAACAGGGGAUUCAGAAUGAUAAAUAGCAUUAUAGAAUGUAGUUUGGAUCCGGUUCACAGUCCUACAAAUCCAGUUAGCUUCAACAUUUUUUUUUAAAUCUGAAAUCCUUCACAAUACAAAGGGUUACGUAAGACUUGCCAUUCAACAUCACACUGCCUGACCCCUGAUUCAUAAAUAAAUGUCCACAUUCAACUCGCAUUUGACAUCGGUUCUUCACAUAUCACCCUCGUUCUGUAAACAUAUAAACCUCAGUGGAAAUUAAAGUCAAGACCGAAACAUCAGAGUCGACGCAGAUGAAACUCCCCUCAGUGCCGGCUCUCUCUAUGGCAGAGGGUCGAUGGUCAUGGUGAUCUGUUCUCUGUUGCUUCUGCUGCUGUUGGAGCUGACGUACAGCUCCUCCCUGCGGCAAAGGACGUGCUGGGUCAGGAUCUUUCGGAAGGUGUUCCUGAAGUCCUGGAUGCGGUAAGCGUAGAUGACGGGGUUGACCGCGGAGUUGGCGUGAGACAGAAUGAUGGCAACGUACAUGACAAUCUCGGGCUUAUGCAGCUCCUCGUAAAACAGCGUGAGGCAGUUGAGGAUGUGGACGGGCAGCCAGCAGACGGCGAACAGUCCCACGAUGAUGGAGAGGGAUUUGGCCACCCGGAUCUCCUUCUGCAGCAGCCCGUGGUGAUGGCUGUCCCCGUUACCCACGCACUUCAGCUCGAUCUGUCUCAGCUGCUUCCUGGCCACAGUGAAGAUCUUCAGGUAAAUGCCCAGCAUGAUGAGCAGCGGAGGCAGCACGCACACAAAGAAGUUAAAGUAGACCAUGUAGUGCAUGUCCACCACGCUCUCAAAGAAGCACCUGAGGUUGCAGCUCUGUACUAAGUCUCCGCCGACCCUCGUAGUGUUGUCCGCCCCAGAGCUGCCGUUCCUGCAGCUCGUGUACUUCAAGUUCCAGCCAAAGAAGGGGAUGAGGCCGAUGACAAAGGAGAGGAUCCAUAAGAUAGCGAUGAUCUCUCUGGCGGUCUUUCCCGUCAUCAACUCCUUGUACCUGGAGAAAACACAGCACAGGGAACCGUCGUCAUUAUUUUCCCAAUGUGGAAGUUUUGGACAAAGGUCACACUCCAAAGAUAGGCUCUAGAGCUCGAGCACAGCCCAGCUAUAACAUACAAAUACAACAACAUAGCAAAAAGGGAACACCGCGCUAACAUGAAUCAAACUACAGUAUAUGAGCAAAACAUUUUUGGGUGCUUUUUAUAAUUUUGCGACGUUAAUAUUUACCCAUGUACCUCUGAUGACUGUUGCAGCUUUUGCAUCUUUUUUUUCUAGAAAAUCCCAACGUAGCUUAAAGCUAGCAGUUGUUUAGUACUUAGUGACUUUAGGAAUACUUGAAUGUUAAUGAUUAAGAGGUUGUUUGACAAUCCUGAAAAAGAUUUGAUCCAAAAUUCACACAUUUUGAUUUAAAAAGAUGUUGCAAUGGAGAAAGAAGCGUCUGCAGAGAAGUUAGUGUUUAGUUUUGCUCGUAGAGCGUGAGUUUUGUUUGUGCGGUAUGUUGGUGUGGCCUUUCUGACGAAUCAUAUUAUUCUUAUGCAGCUCCGUCUGUGCACCAAGAUGCACAUCGGCCUAAUAAUGGCUAUGAAUCAGGCAGACGAUAUGAAUGAUCAAGUGCGAUGGUGAAUUGCUGUGACUUGGUGCAUUCAAGUGCUGUAGAAAAUGUAUCAUCUUCGCAGUCCUUUUUUUAAAUUUACUUUUUGGUUUUUCAAACCAAACAAAAGUGGACAGAGAUCAGCUUCAAAGUCUAAAAGCUACUAAAUUCAUUUUAACAAUGAUGUUUGAUCUCCUGAGGAUGGAACACUGUUAACAUUAAACAUCCCGAUGAUGGACCUGAUGUCUGAGCUUCACACUAGUGCAUGAAUGCACCACAAAGUGUUCAGUGUUUGUUAUUAAUUGGUAUGAACACUUGAAAUCCUAUUGAAGGAACCUUAGAUGAGUUUACCUGGACCUGUUUUAAUGCCAGUUCAUUGUCUCGUCUAGGGGAGGAUGUACUCUGGAGCCGGUGACGACUAAACCCCCAAAUCUGUUAUAAAUGUUAAAGAAGAUGAAAUAGAAUGAUAAAGGAAGCCGCAUCCCAUAUUGCUUUAUUUAGUUUCAUGUUACAUCUGACCACAUUAUCAGCUGCUAAAUGAAAGCAUGAAGUCUGCUGACAGUAUCUUACAUACGCUUCGCUCAACACACAUAUUGCUAAAAUUACACGCGCCUUGCUUUGAGGUGUUGAGUCAAGACUUGAAAAUGAAAGACUUUUUCUAUCUUCAUUUUUUUUGUCUCUUUGCGCUUUUUUUUUUUUUUUUUUGUUCGAUGCCUAAACUGUCGUAUAGUUCCAUCUGUUAUUUUCCACUGUUGUUGAAUGGAUGAAUGUUGAGUAUUUGAUACAUUUUACACAGAUUCAGCACGUUUCCCAUAAAACCCGUCCCUCACUGGAAUGAAAAUUAUGAACGGCAGGUGCACAGAGGCUGCGUAUGGAGAUUCGGGGGGUGACUCACACAAGUGUCGUCUUGACUGUCCCAAUCAUAUGAACAGCGCUCGAAGCAAAAAUGAGCAGUUUCCUCAAAGUGAAUCAGGCGAGCGACCGCAUGGUAAUGACUCGCACAUAUGCUGACAUCCGCACGCACACACGCAGCAGCCAGUCUGAGCUGGAGGUGCCAUAAAUAAUCUGAUUUCUACAGCUGCACCUUAUAUGAUCACAUGAUAUCAGCACUUACAAUAUGUGUGUGUGUGUAUAUAUUUGUAUAUAUAUGCCCUCCAGCAUGGUAUUCACAGUUGGCCUUUACAGGCCGUGGCUCGUUGACUGCAGUUCCCUUUUGCUGCUGGAUAUAUUAACUCUACAAACAAACGAUUCCUCACUUCCAGGUCACAUCCCCCAACAACAGCUCUUCCGUGAGUCAGUGGACUGCUUCAAACGGUCACAUGCUCCAAAUUGGCACGGCACUAGUGUCAUAUAAAGUGUAAAAUGCCAUAGUAUGUCAUUACAAAAUUAUAGUGUGUGUAUAGCACUGCACUGGCUUCCUGUCCAAGAAAGUAUUGACUUUAAAAUCCUGCUG